ACACAACCACCGACACACAUAGGAUAUAUACACACGCGCGCACGUUGCUCUCACAUAGACACAAACAGUAAGAGAGAGAGAUUUCGGAACGAAGAACUUCGUGUGUAUUAUUAGCAGCAUGGUCGCAAAACGUGACGGAUUUUGGAUAUUACUCUACUUUAUUUUAUUUCUUUCUGGAAUAUUUGGACAGAAUAUCAGUCCAGGAGUUGAGUCUACUCCUGCGGCACCACGUGGAGAGAAAUACACUUCCGAAGAAGAGAGUAAGAAUCCCUGUACAAAACACGAAACUUGUGGUCAAUGUAUUUCAUCAAGUGUCAACUGCACGUGGUGUACUCUUAACUUGAAUAUAAAAUUAUGCAACACCCGUGAAGCCCACAUUGCAAAUGGCUGUGAUCAACAUAUUGUCGAUCCAGUUUCAGAAAUUACCAUUGCUAAGAAUCGACCCACAGCAGAUGGACAAAAUGCGAUCCAAAUUCAGCCACAGAAGAUCAAGUUACGAGUACGACCUCAUGAAACCGUGGAGAUACCAUUCCAGUUCUACUUUGCCAAAGACAGUCCAGUGGACCUCUACUUCCUCAUGGAUCUAUCCUAUACCAUGGCGAAAUACAUCAACCAGCUGGCCAAGGUCUCACUUGCACUCGUGAAUGACAUUCAAAAACUGACGGGCAAGCUGAAUGUUGGCAUCGGAUCCUUCAUAGACAAAGUGCUCCUACCUUACACAGACACAAGUGAAGAUGCUCGUAUCAAAAAUCCUUGCUUCUCUCAAAAAUUAAAAUGUGAAAGUCCAUAUAACUUCAAACAAGUUGUGAAGUUGACAAGCCAGUUUCAAGCUUUCAGUGACAAAGUCAGCCAGCUGCAGAAUUUGUCUUCUGCCAAUCUGGACAACCCUGAAGCAGGAUUAGAAGCCAUGAUGCAGACUAUUGUCUGUGGAGACAAAAUAGGAUGGCGAAACAACUCCCGUAAACUGAUUAUUUAUUGUUCUGAUGCUUCAUUUCAUUAUGCUGGUGAUGGUAAGCUUGGUGGUCUUGUCUUACCCAACGAUGGCAAGUGCCAUUUAAAUAAUAACAAAUACACCAAAGCAGAAUCUCAGGAUUAUCCCUCAGUCGGACAUCUUGCUGAGGUGAUUGAACAGAAUAAAGUGACCGUCAUCUUUGCUGUGGCCGGCAAGAACCAGUUGAAUCUCUACAAAAAACUGCAAGGCAGCCUGUCUGGUGCCUAUGUUAGCAAGUUGGACAGUAAGGAUUACACAAUUGCUGAUAUUGUCAAAGACAACUAUGCUAACAUAACCUCAGGAGUUAAAAUUGUUUCACCAAACAAGAAUCUGAAUUUUACGAUUAUGUCAAAAUGUAAAGGAACCAAAUGGAUAGCUUCAGAUUCCUGUGAUGGCAUUAAACCAGCACAAACGGUUGACUUCAAAGUGGUGUUAACUGCACCAGACUGCAGCAGUGCACGGCACCAAAGCAUCAAGAUCAACCCUGUUGGACUGCAUGAUACAUUGACUAUAGAUAUGGAACUCAUCUGUGAAUGUGACUGUGAGAAAUAUCCGGAGACAAAAAGUCCACUCUGUAGUUCUGCUGGCAAUUUGACCUGCGGUCAGUGUUCUUGUGAGCCAAACCGAAGUGGUCAGAACUGUUCUUGCUCCAUUCAAGACUUUGAAAAUGAUCUCAUUAACAGAUGUCGUCCAGACAACAACAGUGCACUGUGCAGCCAGCGGGGUGAGUGCAACUGCGGAAGCUGCAUAUGUCAAGAGAUGCCAUCCAACCCGAACUACCACUACAGUGGUCGCUUCUGCGAGUGUGACGACUACUCCUGCCCAAACUACAACAACUUGUUGUGUGGAGGUCCCUCUCAUGGCUCUUGUAAAUGUGGAGUCUGUGAGUGCAAACCUGAAUACACUGGAAUGAAUUGUGGAUGUGUGAAAAGUACUGCAACAUGUUUGAGUAAAAACAAAAAAAUCUGCAAUGGCCACGGCACCUGUAAAUGUGGUGUCUGCAAGUGUGAAGAGAACUCUAACUACACAGGCAAACUGUGUGAAGAUUGUCCAGCUUGUCUCAGCAAGUGCAGUAUCUACAAGGAAUGCGUCAAGUGUGUACUUAACAAUAAUGGUGUUAACUCAACAGACUGUUUCAAGAUCUGUGAUUACAAACUGGUUACAAUGGUGGACACAUUGGAUGCCGCCAAUAAUGACACAAAAAAGAAGUGUACAGUGGAGUUAGACGAAUGUUACGUCCAUUAUUUAAUCAUCUCGGAUUACGAUACAGAUAGGAUUGAUGUUAAGAAGAAACAAGAUUGUACCGAACUGAUCAACAUUACGUGGCUAGUUGUUGGAAUUAUCGGUGGAAUUCUCUUCAUAGGCCUUCUGGUGUUGAUCAUCUGGAAAGGUUUCACGACCUAUUACGAUAGAAGAGAAAUGGCCCGAUUUGAAAGUGAACAGAAAAAGGCCCAGUGGCAUCCACAAGGCAAUCCUAUAUAUCACCCAGCAUCAACGACAUUUGAGAAUCCUGUCUGGGGGCGCGAGAAAUAAGAACAAGGAUGGCCUGGAGGCACACACAAGGCAACACUGCAUCAUUCUCACGAGAGAAUCACAAAGAAAAAAUAUCCAAAAACAACAAAAAGAAGAGAAAAAAAUAAUAUCGCUCUAUGGUUCAUCCCAUUAUCAAUAUCAAUGUUGUUAUAAUUAUUUAUAUUGUCGGAAAGAAAAAUACAAAA